AUAUUGUUAUCUUUUAGUAACUAAAACAGUGUUCACUUUCAUCACUCUUCAGAAGAGUGAUGGAUCGAAUCCAGCACAAGUUCGUGAAAGUUGGUGAUGCUCUCAAUCUCCACGUCGCAGAAAUCGGAAGUGGUGAAAACGCCGUCGUAUUCUUGCACGGUUUCCCUGAGAUAUGGUACUCGUGGCGGCACCAGAUGAUAGCCCUUGCCGAUGCUGGAUUCAGAGCCAUCGCCUUCGAUUACAGAGGCUACGGUCUCUCCGAUCCUCCACCUCAACCCGAUAAGGCCACCUGGUCCGAUAUUCUCAACGACCUCCUUCAUAUCCUUCAAGCUCUUCAUCUUCCCAAGGUGUUUCUUGUCGGGAAAGAUUUUGGAUGUCGUCCUGCAUAUCUAUUUUCCAUUCUACACCCUGAAAUGGUCCUGGGCGUUGUCACGUUGGGAGUUCCAUAUGUUCCGCCCGGCCCCUCUGCGUUUCACAAAUUCCUUCCUGAAGGCUUCUAUAUUUUGAGAUGGCAGGUAAUUUUAAAGGAAAAAACUUAGAUGCACGUGCACUUC